CCUAGUCAUGUGAGUGCUGGCUGCCAGCAUGGAAGGCAGGAGCUGCCGCAGCGCCAUGCGGGCCCGGGGGAGCACGGGGGUGGGAUCCCACUGACCCUCCAGGUGAGGAGCGGGGGCACGGCAGCACUGCAUGCUGGGAGCGGGGGAAAGUUAUCAGUGGGGGAAAGUUACUUAGUGACACAUGGGUGUGUUUACAUGGAGCUCUGGGGUUAUGAGCACUGAGUGCACUUACCGUGCUGGGUGAGGGCGACACACUGUGUAUAAUAUCAGUAUAUUGGGAUGGCCAGGGCUGUAUUAUACUUUCAUGUUCAUGUAAUAUGCUGACUGCAUUCUGUGUCAGAAUCCCCUUUAUAAACUAUUCUCCUGUCAUGUCGUGUGUGGCAGAGCUGGUCAGUGACCUGUCAGGGGGUGACAGUCCUCUCACCUUGCUCUCAUUAUGCUGUUCAGAAGGGUCAUUGCAGAACAUACCUAGAGCAAGUGGGAGUCCCUGACUAGUUGGGAGAAGGAGAUAUUUGGUGUGGAAGAGUCCAGUUUACAGUCAGUGAGUCUGAACAUUAUAUAUAUAUAUAUAUAUAUAUAUAUAUAUAUAACAUACACAAUCCAGCGCACUUGCUCAUUCACUAAACAGCGAUUUCAAGUUUCACAGAUUGUAAUAGUUUUAUUUAAAAACACCUCACCAAAAAAUAAUGGGGGUUUAGUUACAUUAUAUGAUCAUAUAUUGCAUAAGCCUGCCACAAAGUCCAUGUACCCCAUUCUUGGCAGGUCCUACUCUAGCAGCCUAAUGCUUGCUCUUCUGAGAUUAAUUCACUUAUUUGGGAACUUCUUCCUUACUGGGACUCUCUGCCCCAUUUUUCAUGUGAUGCAUUAGUUUAGGGGGGAUCUCUCUAUUUUGAGUCUUUUGUUUCUUCUAUACCAGCCAACUGGGGUGUGGGUGUGGGGGGGGGGAGGUGUGUGUGUGUGUGUGUGUGUAUAUAUAUAUAUAUAUAUAUAUGUAUAUGUGUGUGUGUAUAUGUGUAUAUAUAUAUAUAUAUAUGUGUGUGUGUAUAUAUAUGUAUGUAUGUGUGAUCUCUGUGGGAAAACCAAGGCUUGACUAAUGUGCAGAUUUUUGUUUAACAUUGUUUUAUUUAUAUAUAUAUAUAUAUAUAAUGAUCAAUUCAGUGUGUGAGUUUUUAGAUUAAUGUAAAGGAGCAGAAAUAUGCAACAUUUUCUCUUUGCUGGUUGUGAGUCUAAUCAUUUUACACCCAUAAAAGCAGUAUCUAUUUUGACCUGUUUUUGUCCAGGGUCAGCUGACCUAUCUACUCCGCCAUUGAAUGCUACUUCAUUAGCAAUCCAGUGGUCAGGGGGACGGGUACCCCAGGGACCCGCUAUUUUGAUCAAACUGUGAUAGCACCCACAGCAUAAAAGAGCAAUCCAAAUUCCAUAAUCACUUCACCUUGCUGCAGUGGUUAUUGUUCCAAGAGUGCCUUGCCUGAGUAGGCAAACCGUUUUCAUUCUUACCUGAGGUUGGGUUCUUUUCACUUUCCUGAGCUAAACUCUGCCAUGUUGAGUCAGCUCAUUGGUUAAAAGCAUCAGUUGUUCACUGAGCUAAGCCCUGGCACCUGGCAAACCCAAGGUAAGUUGUCAAACCUAUAGCAAAUGGCUUGUCUGCUUGUGGAGAGGAGGGGGUACUUUUUGUACAUUAACACAACAGCAUGCUGUAGUAGUUAUGGUGCUUUGAGUGUUCCUUUAAUAGUAAUAUAACAAAAAGUGAAAAUAAUGAUACUAUAUGUUAAAUAGUUUCAGCACAUUAGGAGUGACCUUUACUGUAAGCAUGCCAUAGGGACUAAUAUAUAUGAUACCCGGUGAAAUUAGUACUUUCAAACACACAUUCUCUGGCAGUAUUGUUUGCGAUGGCAGGGUCUGCAUUAAUGCCACCAGCCCUGAUUGCCUUACUUUUACUCUUGCACUGAUAUGGCUUUCUAAUAAGUAAUAUAUUUUACACCCUGAAACAAAUAAAAAUGUUCCUUAUAAAACCUGAAUUGCGUACUUUUGUGAGCUAAAUUGCAAUGUUUUCAUUCUAAAUGUCUCCUGUGUGAAAGCUAUGCGCUUUUUUAUUUUUUUUUAUUUUUAUUUUUUUUAAACCUUCCGUAUUAUGCAGCAUUAGUCAAUUGGGCUAAAUUCACACGAUCGCUAGCUGGGUAUCAGUUGACAUAGCCCCCCGUGUGUAGCCGAAUGAUGAAAGCUGCAGUUAGCAGCUGGAGACUAUGAAUGAGAGUGUAUAGAAGAACUGAUCACAUGGCUGUGCCAAAUUUAGCGCAAGCAGUAUCUGAAGCAUAUGUCUACAGGCCCAUUAAGGAAUUGGCAAAUGCAUGCAACCAGAGCUGGAUUUAUAUGGAUGUACUGUAUACAUGUAUAUAAUUCCCCCUCCUUCACUACCGUAGAGGGAAUUUAGUCACUUAACAAGUAACAAGUAACUAGUAAAUUGAGACACAAACUGCAAAGACUUUGCUUACAAUACCCUAAUUGAGGCUUUAGCUGAAUUGGGGAACAUUUCCAAAUCUGCUACUUUAACCCGCAACUGUGUCUUUAAUUCACUACACUUCAGUGUUUAGGGAACAAAUACCUAGGCUGCUGCAUUCAAUCUGAAGCAUUAUGUCUCCUCUGUAACACCGAUACUCUAACAAAGGCGAACACUAUCAAAGAACAAUCAUUGCAAGGAAAUGGAACAUGUUCUGUAUGCAAUGUAACCAUGCAUCAGCACAUUAUCAAACGCAUUAAUCAGCUAGUACUUUUUUAGUUAAAUUGUGAUGCUUGCAUUUUGCUUACCAGAAUAAAAGACCUCAAUAAAAAAAUAAAUAUAUAUUUCUCUGGUUGUUGCGAAUUUACAUUAAUCCUCAAUAAUAAAAAUGAUAGGGCUUCACUGUUACGGACCUGCGUGUCCCGCAAUGACUCCAAUUACAUGGAGACCUGCGAGUCUCGCCAAUGCUUAUAAGCAUUGAUAUAAGUUUUAUGUUGAAAAAUAAAGAAAUUUACACAAAAUAAAUGAUAGGGCUUGUCUUUGCAGAAACUAAACCUCCUUAAACCAUGUUAUUGCUUCUAUCCUGUGUCCACUAAGUAAAACCCAAAGUCUGAAAGGACUAGAAAUGAUAUCACAAGACCUCAACUGACACAUUAUAGCUCAACUCUAUACAGUUCAGACCAGAAGGAAAAUAAUUGAGGGUCAAAAGGGUGAAGUUAAAUUAAUGCAUAUUUUCAGAUCACACACGCCAUGUCCACUAUUUAAUUGGUAUAAUUCGUAUAUGCAUUUGAUUUGGCAAUUUUGUACCCCUUGAUUAUGUUCUCUUUUGAUGCCAAAUUUUAUAAUGGUUGUACCAUAAGUAGCUCAGCAUUACUGCAGAGGCAUGGUGCUUAGAACGCCUUGAGUCCACUUUCAUUACGUCACGUGGCAUAUAGUAGCACUGAUUUGGGAGCAGGAAUACCAUCAGAACCUUUUGUUGCCCUUUACAAAACCAGUGGGUGCCAUCAUUCCUCCACCACAUACUCUCAGGUGAUCUCAGACACCCCUCCCUAGUAUUGAUUUCCAAGCACCAGGCAUACACCAAUAGGUACAUACUUGCAGAUACAUAAUGCCAAACACACACACUUGUCUGCAUACUGACAGACAUACAUUUAUACACAAAAUACAGCUUUUUUUUGUGUGUGCCAGUGCCACCAUGCAGGGGAGAAAUUGAAGCAGUGAGUCUGGUGGGAGGCCUGCUCCAUCAGCUAUCUGCAAUCUGGUUUGAGGAGAUUUCUAUAUAAUCUGUAGGGUUACAGAGCUCCAUGCAGUCCCUGGUUCUUGGCAGUGCCACUUACCAGAGACUAUUGGCUAUACUUUUUUUUUAAAGUCAGCCUUGUUUUGGAGCAUUAUUCUUCUGUAAUAUUAUUGAACUGUCAAAGUUAAAAAAAAAGUUAUUAGCCAAGUGAGGGAAUCCAGUUAGCUCAGUUGGUUAAUGUACCAACUGUAGAACACUUCAGAUUCUUAAGAUUACAGGUUAUGGUCCCACACGGUCAACCCCUCUGUAUCCCUACAUAUCAGUGCCUCUUUUCAGGCAAAACAAUUUUAUUAUAAGAACAUAAAACUAUUAAAUUGAAACUGAGAAUUAAAGAUGCACAUAAACAUAAGAUCAAUUUAGAGAGAAAGGGGCCUAAAAUAUAAUUUGCUAUAUUUUUCUCGGUUUUCUGGGUAGGGACACAGAUCUCCCAGUAACAGGAAUCCUAGCAUUGCUGCUUCACAGCGUGUGACUUCCAUACGCAUAAUAUUUUCAGUCUACUUUAGCGAUUAAAGUCUUUACCUGCUGAAGACAAGACCACCACGUUAGAGCAAUGGUUAGACAGAGUAGGCGAGAUCCAGGCAGCGGAAGCCUUGCAAGUAUCCUUAACAGGACGGGAGGCAAUCAACACGGAGCGGUGGCGACCGUGGUUUGAAUACCUGGCGCAGGGAGACGCAGCGCUGGCGGGGGGAGCGGGGAGGGUCCCUCAGUGAGGGGUGAGCUACGCAGCCCACUUCUUCCCCACCAAGCUAACCCUCAUCUACUUAAACUACCCUACAUCUCAGCUACAUGCUCAUGUAUACUCCACUCUUCCUCAUACUCUUCGUGUUGUUUGGUCCCUCAUCUGACAUUGAGUACAAUCUUGUACGGUAAAGCUACACCUCUGCCAGGUAAUGAGACAACCACACAUUCAUCACCAACAGGACAUAUAUACAGAUACAUAGCACAUCACAGCCACUCUCACACACUUGAUACACUGCUACUGCCCAUACACGGGCUUCUCAUUAACUGCCUCAGAACGAUUGUCGCACCCUCACAGAGUUCUUGUAACGUGCGCUGUAGUAAAAACAUACUUUUCCAUCCUUCAUCCCUCUCACUUUUCCCACCUCACCUAUAAUACCAUCUUUCGAGGUACCACAUAGCUCCACUUCCUGUGUAUCAUCAAAUGCGUUAUAUCCACUUACUGUUACUCAGUCAUGCGAAAUUGUCUGUAUUGCACUACAUUUUAUUUGCUGAGCCUUGCAUGGCCACGUUAAUUAGCUCAGAGACCUGCAAGUCUCAUUCAUACUGCAACAUAUGUUGACUUGAGUCAUAUCUGCAUAUAUUAUUCAAUAAAUCUUUUAUUUCCAUAAAGUCUGUACCUGAACUAUUUUUACUAAAUAUAGAAAGGUAACAUUAUUUACUAUUUAUUCUCUACAGAAACCAAAACAUUUUUCCUCACACCCUUAUCUGAUAUCACAUGUACCAUGUUUUCAUAAGGUGGAGUUUGAUAGAAAUGUUUCCAGGUCAGUACAGCCAGCAGACUGACAGUAACUGCAUGUUGGAAUAGUUAAUUUGCAUACAAGGCCUUCUAAAGUUACCAGUGUCCUACCGUUAACUAAAACAUAGUAUAACUUUUUUUUUUUUUUUUUAAAUUAGCUGCUAGUUGUUUUUGUUUUGUUUUUGAAAUAAUAAUGAAAACAAAAAAUAGUCUGCUUUAGAUAGCAGCCUGCCACAUUUGUAUUUGUGGUUAUACAAAGUCUAAUAUCUAAACAAAGGAUUAAGUAGGUGUACCUUUGCUGACUGUACUUUUAGCUAAACUUCCAGGAUGUCUUGGGUUUUAUAAACUGACUUUUAUAUAGCAUACCUGGGAGAGAAAAGUUUCUCAAAACAUUUUGUUGGGAAACAAAAUAGAAAGAUAUUGAUUUUAUUAAAAAAAAAAUAAAUAAAAAAAAAAAAAAGCAAACAAGCAAACAAAAAAAACCUUUUUAAAAUAUUCUCUCUCUCUCUCGCUCAUUUGUAAAGUGUUAAGCUAUUGAUAACUAUUAUAACGGAAAUAUAAUUUAGAAAAAGGCGGGUGCAUAUUUACACAGACCGCUUUCUAGACACAGCAAUUAUAAUAAAAAGGCACACUCUAAACUCCUAAAGCAUUUUAGCUUGCUUAAAUGAUUUUUUUUUUUUUUGAAGAGCUUGUCCUCGUGUUUUCAUUUAAAAAAAAAAAAGUGCAGAUUUCAAUAACAUUCAAUAACAUUGGCACUUGAAUAAAUUCAAUUUGUUCUCACCCCUGUCAAUCAGUUCUUGUUACUUGCUGGUUAGUUUAGCUCAGUGGAACUAAAUUCAAGAGGCAGUAAUUGCCAAGAGCACCUACAUUUCAAAGACUUCUCAUUGAGCUGCAUUAGGAAGUCUGUGAUUGGAUAGACACAGAAAGUCUGGGUGGGGUUAGAAGUGGAAGGUUUUCAAAGGCAGCAAACUUGAGAAUCGCAGCUUUUGCAAACUGCUUUUAGAUAUAAUGUGAAAGAAAAAAGUGAACUUAGUGGAUCGUACUACCACCAAAAGAUCACUCAGUGGAGCGCUAAAUAUCAAAUUCUUACCCCUAUUGGAAUAACGUAUAUAUCACUUUAAGGGGCAGACAACAUAAUAAAAUCUACAACAAGAAAAUACACAUCAUAGUGCAGUAUGCUUGUAAGGUGUGAAUGGAGUGGAAGAAGAUGUAUGUCCAACUCACAUGGUAAAGAGCCUGGAGAUUGGCUCAAAUCACAACAGCUGAGGUAUGUUUGGUAAUACCAGACCUUCUCCAGAUAUACAGCUCACAACAUAUGUGGAUAAAAAAGGACAAAAAUCCUAGUGCAAGUAUGUUUAAAAUAAACAAGUGGUCACAUAUAACAGUGCAUGAAUGUGCUCACCUGGAAUAGAGCCAAUUGUACUAGGCUCUAUGUAUAAACGUGUGGUGCCUUUAAGGGAGGCACUACCCUUCUUUAGAAAAUGCAGGAAGCAGUUGAAGAUCCACUACCAGAUGUAUAAGGUAAAAGUAACAAUUUUAUAAAAAAAAAAAACAAUUAAGCAAAGUAAAACUGAUUGAGAAAGCCCCACGGCGAAAACGCGUCUCGGAACUUCAAGGAAGACCACCCCAGAGACUUUUACUUUUUGGUAUCUGUAUAUACAGUUUUACUUUGCUUAAUUGUUUUUUUUUUUUAAUAAAUUGUUACUUUUACCUUAUACAUCUGGUAGUGGAUCUUCAACUGCUUCCUGCAUUUUCUAAAGAAGGGUAGUGCCUCCCUUAAAGGCACCACACGUUUAUACAUAGAGCCUAGUACAAUUGGCUCUAUUCCAGGUGAGCACAUUCAUGCACUGUUAUAUAUGACCACUUGUUUAUUUUAAACAUACUUGCACUAGGAUUUUUGUCCUUUUUUAUCCACAUAUGUUGUGAGCUGUAUAUCUGGAGAAGGUCUGGUAUUACCAAACAUACUUCAGCUGUUGUGAUUUGAGCCAAUCUCCAGGCUCUUUACCAUGUGAGUUGGACAUACAUCUUCUUCCACUCCAUUCACACCUUACAAGCAUACUGCACUAUGAUGUGUAUUUUCUUGUUGUAGAUUUUAUUAUGUUGUCUGCCCCUUAAAGUGAUAUAUACGUUAUUCCAAUAGGGGUAAGAAUUUGAUAUUUAGCGCUCCACUGAGUGAUCUUUUGGUGGUAGUACGAUCCACUAAGUUCACUUUUUUCUUUCACAUUGUGUUUGUGUAGGAUUGGGAUACCUGCAUGCGUGUUUGAGCUGCUGUUCUAUUUAUAUAUUAUUGUUAAGCGCCUAAUUGCACAGAGCACCUUUUUCUUGUGCUUUUAGAUAUACCCCGCACAAAAUGCAAAAUUAGAUGUAGGCUUGUCUUUAUUUAGGAGUAUGUCUACAAAAAGUGAUUGACGUAUUUUGGCAGUGGGUGUCCAUUUUAAAGGUGGAUUAUCGUUUUAUUGCUAUAAAGCUCUGCCAUAUACUCUAAAAAAAAAAAAAAAAAAUUAAAAAAAACUACAAAUUUGGAAAAAUACGAAAAAGGGGUCAAAGUGAUCUGAGCCAAUAAUAAUUCGUUGUGAAAGAAUUCCAAUUCCACACACAUUGGAUUUUUAAUUUUUUACAUCGAAUUUAGUUCUGCAGUAUCAAAUACAUUUUUAAAUGUUUCAUUUUUGUUGAGAUGAAAAGGUUUCAGAUUGACACUUUAACAUACAUUUUACGUUUCAUACAUAUUGCAUAAACAGAGAGUGUAUAGUGAUAAAAUUUUUCAAUGGCAUUUUACAUUACAUCCUCGUGGCAAUGGUACAGUGUUUUGUUUCAAUCGACAUUCAUGCUUUUGUUAUAGGUGGUGAGUAAUGCCCUGAUUUUGGUACCCGGUAGGCUGGGCAUGCUUUCUGGCGUGUUAUAUUGCCUCUAAGUGGUGUCUCCCGGGCCUCCGGGGGUUAGCCUCCCACGUGUAUCCUCCGCUCUUCUUCGGGGUGGAUCAGAUGGUUAGCAACCGGGUGUGUAUCACCUUUUGUGUUUUAUUUAUUUGGUUUUGUGUCUUGUAGGCUGGAAACUGAUUUCCCUGCUCAUCAUCUCAUAUUGUAAGGCUCGGUAAGCCCUUAUUUUGUGUAUGGGGGGGAGGGGUGAGAUGCUCUCUUGCUUUAAGGCUAGGUGGGGCGUAGUUUGGGUUCCUGCCAUUCACCCAGGCAUCACCACUUAGACCAUGUCCUGUUGUAGUGUUCUAGUGUACCACCUAUUGUAUGUGCCAUCUGCUCGUACUGUUGGGUGAGGCUUACUUUGGCAAGUACUGCCUUUAUGUCAGGUACUGUCGUGGUUUUCCACAAGGCGGCUAUGCACGUUUUAGCUGCUAAAGUGAUGUGGGUAGUCAGCGCUGCUUCAUAGGCUGUAAGGUCUCGGGGUAGCAUGUGGAGCGGAUAGUGUUCAGGCUUGAGUGGUAAUUGUUUUCCUAGUUUGGAUUUAAUUAUGUCUUGGAUUUGUUGCCAGUAUUGGCUGGGUGCCGGGCAGUACCAGAAUAUGUGGCUCGUGUUUCCCACUUGUUGGCUGCAGCACCAACAUCUAUCCUGCACCCCUGGGUAUAUUUGGGCCAGCGUGUGUGGUGUGUAGUACCACUGCAUCCACAUCUUGUAGGCUGCUUCUACAUGGUCUAAGCAUUUGGUCGCCCGUUUAACCAAUGUCAUGGCCCCUAUCCACUUCCCAUGCUCGAGUUCGCAAUUCAAUUCUCUUUCCCAUUUGAGCAUGUAUGAUUGUUUGACCGGUCUGUCUAUGUCUAGCAACCUAUGGUAACACAGGGAGAGUGUUUUUUUUGGGGUGUUUUAGACCUUCGCAUAGCAAGUCAAAGUGGUUUUGGGGUUGUGUUGGUGUCCUUUCCUUGCCGGUGGCCCCUAAUAUAUGUUUUAUGCGUAAAUAUGUGAAUAUUUCGCUGUUUGGUAGAUGGUAUUUGCUCUGGAGGUCCGGGAAGGCUCACAGCCCAUUUGCUCCAUAGAGGUGUGUUAUUUGCGUUACCCCUCUGUCCACCCACUCGCCCAAGGCCAGGUCAUGUGUGUGGUGCUGGAGACUUGUCAGUGGGGCAAAGGUCUCUAUCCUUGCACUAAGCAUUUUUGGGGCCCAUCUCAACCAUAGCUGCAGGGACAGCUUGGUUGUUGUGAGAGGGUUCGUGAGUUGAGGUUGGGCCUUGGCUGGGAUCCAAACCAGGUCCCUGAGGGAGUAGGGCGCACAGACCGCACUUUCCAGUCGAUGCCACAGUGGGCAGUUCGAGGUGGAGAGGAGGCGCGCCGUCUGAGAUAUGUUUGUUGCUAGGUGGUAUUUGGUUAUGUGUGGCACACCCACCCCGCCUCUUCCCAUGGCUGUGCUAAUAUUUGCUAGUGAGAUUCUGGGUGUUUUUUUUCCUCCAUAUGUAUGCGUUGAUGAGUCGCUGAAAUGCUCGGAGGGUGUAGUUUGGUAAACUGAUGGGUAGGGCCCUGAAUAGAAAUAAUACUUGCGGUAGUAUGAUCAUUUUUACGGCGUUGAUGCGCCCCAACCAGGAUGUGUGUUUGUUUUUGCUUCCCCAGCCCUCCAGCACCUGCUCUAUUUUUGCUUUCAGACCCCCAUGGUUAUGUUUUAUGAGGAGCUGUUUGGAGGGUGCUAGUUGUGUGCCUAGAUAAGAAAUUGUAUCCUUCCUCCAUUCAAAGGGAUAUAACGUUCGUAGGGUCGUGAGUUGGGAUCUGGGCAUGUUCAGUGGGAGUACCUGUGUUUUUGCUACAUUGUUUUUGUAGUAAGAGACCUGGCCAUAUUCCCGUAGUAGGUCCAGGAGGGCCGGUAUGGAGUCCGAAGGGUUUGUUAGGAAGAGAAGGAUGUCGUCAGCAAACACUGCCAUUUUUUGCGGGCCUAUCGGGGAGGGGGGGCCUAUAAUGCUGGGGUUAGUCCUGAUUUUAUGGAGCAGGGGCUCCAGUGCCAGGAUAAAAAUGAGGGGGGAUAGGGUCAUCCCUGCCUUGUGCCAUUUGAUAGGGCGAAUCUACCGGAGAUGAAACCAGAGUUCAUGACUGUGGCUUGGGGGGACGAGUAAAGGGAUAAGAGCCCAGCUAGGAAUUUUGUCGGGAAGUUGAACCUUCGAAGGACCUCUGUCAUAUAACCCCAGUGGAGUCUAUCAAAGGCCUUCUCUGCGUCUAAGGCCAUUAUUAAGCCCUGUGACCGAUCUCUAGUCAUGAGUUCCAUUACGUCAAGGGCUCAUCUGGUGUUAUCUUCCACUUGUCGCCCUGAUUGUUCUGGGGAUACUAAUUGAGCUAAUGUAGGGCGUAUUCUGUUUGCAAGGGUCUUGGCGAACAAUUUUGUGUCAGCGUUGAGGAGUGAGAUUGGGCGGUAGUUUGCGCAUGUAUCAGUAGUUUUGCCUGGUUUAGGGAGCGUAAUAAUGGUGGCUUCCAACAUUUCCAGGGGUAUCUCACCCGACUCUAGGAUGUGGUUGAAUAAGGCCGUGAGGUGGGGGAGUAGCUGGUCCUCAAAAACCCUGUAGUAGUGGGUUAAGAAGCCGUCUGGGCCUGGGGCUUUGUGUCUGGGUGUGUCGUGUAGAGCCUUUGAUACCUCAGAUGCUACAAUUGGGUUGGUCAGUGCAGCGGCCUGUUCGUUGGAAAGCCGAGGGGGGGGUCACCCCUUCUAGGAAGGUAGUAAUAUCUUGGGGACUGGGUUGGUGUUGGGUGGUGUCCCCAGAUAGGUUGUAUAGCCCUGCGUAAAAUUGGGCAAAUUUGUCUACUAUUGCUUUGGGGUUUCUAAUCUUGGUGCCCUUGUCGUCCUUGAUAUAUGGGAUCUUUGCCUGCGUGGUGCGUUCCCUGAGUUGGGAGGCUAAUAUUUUGCCCGCUCUAUUACCCUGUCUAUAGUAGUUGGUUUUCAUUUUACGAAUUGCCAGUUCUACUUGCUGCAUCUGUAGUGCUUCUAUGGUGGCCCUUAUCUCCUGUACCUCCUGCCUGUUGGAGUGUGUGGGGGAGGCCUUGUGUCAUGUUUCUGCUUGUUUUAAGUCGGUCAGUAGAGUCCUACUUUUUUCUGUCAGUUGGCGCUUCAGUUUUGCCCCUUGUCGUAUUAGCAGACCGCGCGUUACUGCCUUAUGGGCAAGCCAUGUCAUAGCGACGUUCGUGUCGGUGUAGUGGUUAUCCACAAAAUAGUGCGCCAAGGCGCUCCUUAUCUCGGCCGCCCUGUCCACAUUGUCUAUCAGUGAGUCGUUUAGUCUCCACUGGCCCCGACCCCGGACCGGGUGGAGUGUGGUAAAGACUGAUGUGAGGGGGGCAUGGUCUGACCAAGUCAAGGGGGCAAUUGAUACCUUCUCCAGGGUAUCUAGCGUUUUCCCAUCCACUAAGCACAUGUCUAUCCGGGAGUAUCGAUCAUGUACCUUGGAAUAGAACAUGUAGUCUUUAGAUGCUGGGUAUAGUGAACGCCAUGUAUCGUGUAGGCCGCGUGAGUUGAGGAGCGCUGUCAUUUUCAUCCCUAGUUGUGUGGAUCGCAAGUGGGAGCAGGGUUUGCCGGUCCUAUCUAGAGCAGGGUCCAGUACGCAGUUAAAGUCCCCACAUAUAAGCGUCUACCCUCUCUUCUUCUUAUCUACUUGUUGUAAAGCUUUCCUAAUGAAGUCAUACUGGUUGGUGUUGGGGGCAUAUAGGUUGACUACUGUCACCUGGACGUCAUUUAGUAGUCCUAAUAGUAUUAGAAGCCGGCCAUCGGGGCUUUUGUAUUCUGCUUCACAUUUAAAUUGCCAAUCAGAGUGGAAGAGAAUGCUAACACCUCGUGUCUUAUUCGGUGCUGUGGCAUGGUAGGCUUGUGGAUAAGAUGUGGACGAGAAUUUUGGUGGAUUUUUAAUUAAGUGGGUUUCCUGUAUGCAUGCUACAGAAGCGUGUAGGGUGCGUAAUUGGGAGAACGCCAGCCUGCUUUUUUGUGGGGUGUUCAGCCCAUGGGCAUUUAGAGACACUAGACGGAAUUUAUUGGCGAAGGUCAUUUUAACUAGUUGGGGUGGCCCUAGGGCCCGGUUGUUUGGGUGUAGUAUUUCCUAUUGCCACUACAUGACAGAGUUGGUGGGGUGAGGCUAUUUUUUCCCCUCGUCGUACCCAGUAGUGAAAAGGGAGCAUCUCGGGUAGGGGGUUAGGGCAGGGGGAACAACCUGAAACAUAACCUAGGCAACAAAACCAUAAAACAGAAAUAAAGUAUAUACAUUUCAAACAGCUAUUAAGCAUUAUGUGGGGGACCCUGCUGCCGAGCUCGCACCCUCUACUGCACUGAGAUGGGGUCACAGCAGCAGGCGGUGUCCCGCAAGUGUAUCGGGGGGGCGUCUGAUAUUUGGUGAGGCCUGUACCUCUUUUUGAGCCCAGCUCACUCGAAGAGGUAGGUGGCAUUGGCUGUUUUGCAUAAGUCCAUGAGUGGAGGGGUGGGGGGUGAGUACAUCCUCUGCGCCCUGCAGUUUUUCGGCCUUUUGUCCGGCCUUGCUGGGUUUAGAUUUUAGUGGACAGUCUCUGCCAGGUUCUGAGCAGCGAGUCUGACUGCUUAGGGGUAGGUCUCGCAGUGACAGGGUGGUCCAAGUUGCGCUGUGGUGUGGCAGAGUCAUUUUUUCUUUUGUGCUGGGUUUUGGGGGGGAGGGGGUGAGGGCGAGUAAGAGUACUCCCGUGGGUGCUGAAUGUCCUUCAUGCUAUGCCAUUCCCAGAUGAUUGGGGCGGUCACCAUGGGGGGUCUCACGGAUCUUUAACAGAGUGGCUGAGUCGUGCUGUAGCCGGCACCCCCUUCUGGGUGGCGGUAGUGUCCUUUAGGCUUUGGACCAAUCCGCGGUCACCUUCUUUAGGGAGGCUUGGGUGUUUGAUGCUUUGCUGUCUGGGAACAAGCCCCAGGUCUUGAGCUUGUCCAUUCCCAGCGCCGGAUCUUCAAUCUUUAUUAGAGAGCCAUUCCGCCAGAUAAGGAGUUUUGUAGGAAAUCCCCACCUGUACGGUAUUUUUUUGUUUCUGAGGCAUUUCGUAAUGUUAAUGAAUUCCCUUCUCCUGGCCAUUGUCGUCGGUGAGAGGUAGGUGAAGAGGGAGAUAUUUUCAUAGGUUGGCGGCAUCGCUGAGGCCUUCCUUUGCGCCGCAAGUAUGGCUUCCUUCGCCGAGUAGUAGUGCAAUCUGGUCACAAUGUCUCUUGGCACUUCUUGUGCAAGGUUUUGAGGUUUUGGCACUCGGUGUGCCCGAUCCAGGCGGAGGUCCGCCAGCUCUAGGCUUGGUUGGAUCGCUUGGAAGAGUCGCAGUAGGUAGGCCGGCAGCUCUUCUUGUGUCACUGUUUCUGGUACCCCGCGCACGCGGAUAUUAUUGCGGCGGGAGCGAUCUUCCAGAUCUGCCAGUUUUUCCAUAAGGCGUUUAUCAGCGUCCAUCCUUUGUAUCUUCUCCACUAUGGUGUCAUUCAUGUGGGAAAGCUCAUCAGUUUUUUCUUCUAGUGCAUUCACCCGUGUCCCCACUUCGUGGAUGUCUUUGCGCAUGUCAGAGACCGCAGCUUGGAAGUCAGUCUUCAUAGAGGUGCGUAGGUCCUGCAGCAUUGCCGCCAGGCGCUUUUCCUACACAGAUCAUCAGCGGUUACUUGCCUCGAAUCUGUGUCUAAUCCUGCGUCUCAGGUGUGAGUGGGUGAGCGGGAGCCGCCGCCAUCUUGUUCCAUGCGCUGCUUCCCUCCCUUACCCUGCCGGAAGAAGUCCGAUGCCCUUUGAGACUUUGGGGGUGCCAUCUCUUGGGUAGGAGGUUCCCCUGCUGUUGGGCACCUUGGUAGGGUAAUUUCGGGCUUUUUUGCCGCUUUUUAGGCCUUACCGAUCGCGGAGCUGCAGUUACAUGCGACCGCUCCGUCCUACCGGAAGUCCCGCCCUCCUCAAAUACAUUUUUAGCAAUCUUUUUCAACUUCCCCUUUAUUUAUUGCUGGGAAAAAUACAAAGAACUAGAUAAAAAUUUAGCAAUUAGUUGGGAAGUGGAUACUCUUUGCAAACUUGUAUAUAAUAUAUACUAGGUGCGUGGGCAAUUGAAUGUAUAUAUAUUUUUAAAAAAUACAAGUCACGUCUAUUUAACACCACAAUAGCUCUUCUUUUUAAUUUUUUUUUAAUUUGAUUUGAUACAAGCAUUAUAGUGUUUGUCGUUAAACAGCAGGAAGUUUAACCUUUUUGCCUUCCAGGUAAAGGCUUUAACUCCAGCAAGCACUAAACUUGUCCAUGUCCUCUCACAUGUUCAUUGAUAAAAACCCAGUAUCUCCAAUCUAAAAUAUUAUACAUAACUGCAUAUUAAAUAUCUAUUUUCUGGGGGGAGAAUGUUGAAACAUUAAUUCAGAAAAACGCAUGCAGCAUGUUUUGAGGGGAGAGAUGCAGGCAUAUCUUGCUUUUAAAAUGCUUUUCAUGACCCCUCAUCUCACUAGCUGAGUCACAGAAAUCUAAAACCAUUUGAAUGUCAGUUGGGUGUGCGACUAGGGUUACCAUAUGGAAAAGAAGGGUAUGUGUAGAUCAUACAACUAUCAGAACUCUUCAGCACUCCAUGUAUUAAUGCAUGAAUAUAUUUUAGUUUAAAAAUCUAGUAACCCACUCUAUAAUGCUAUGCAUAUAUUUUGUAUAUGACCGUUUCGGAUUCCAAAGAGAAAGUAUAUAAAGCUGUAGAGUUACGUCCUUGGUCUAACAUUAAGUGUAACACGUAUGAUAUAAUUAAAAUAACAGGGAGUGUGAAGAUUCAAAGAGUAUCUGUCCCUCUCAUUUAAAUAACCUUGCUGAAGUCCGUAAAUCAUACAGUUCUUAGUUAUCUUUUAUUAACAAUUUGUUAAUGUUAUUAAUAUAAGCAAUAUGUAGAUAAAAUAUAUUUUUAAUGUAAUCAUUACAGAGAGUAAGGUAAAGCUCUUCUUUAAAUGAACCAAAAAAUGCUUCCGACGUUUAAAACGUAAAGGAACAUUCUAAGCACUUCAUGUCAUUGAAGAUGUUAUAACAUCUAUAGUCCCCAGGUGUUGUCCUUCCAUUCACAGUUGAACCAUUUUUAAUAUUUGAAUGCUUAACGAGUGUAUCUAGCAGCCCAUCUGCUGUGUGCUGAUUGGACUAAUAAGGAAGCCUUACCCUGAGCAGCAGUAGAUUGCUGUGAUUGGCUGAGAGUGUCAUAGCUUUCAGGCAAUCACAUCAUGGCUAGAACGAAGUGUGUAAUCUGCUUUAGCCAUACCACUUGUAUGGCCAGGGACAUUUAAAAAAACAAAACAAAACAAAAAAAACAUUUGUUAAACUGCUCGACAAAGGUUUGAUACUUUUCUGAUGGACUUCACUCACUAUAAUUAAUUACUAAUUCAAAGAGAUAAAAUGGUUAUAGUGCUUACAGUAUCCCUUUAACCCAUUAGCCAUAUUUUUUAAAAAAACACUACAAGCAUACAGAAAGAAGAUAUGAUGCAUUAACAUACACUGAGUGUGCACAUUUGUGUUCACUAUACAGUCUCUAUGAUUAUAGAUUUGGAGGCCUGGCAGAGAGUCUUACCAUAGAAAGCUGAUUGACAGACACGAUCAUAUUGCCCUUAAACUCCAUAUUAUGGCACGGAACUGUAAAUAAUAAACUGUGCUUCGAUAAGUAUAUGAAAUGUUAAUCUUUUCUUUACUAUAGUAAUCACAGAUACGAUAAGAUGUUAAAUCCAUUCUUUCAGACAUUUCUAAAUUUUAAAUUUUUCUCACUUUUAACAUGGUAUGCUCUAGUUUGGGCAUAAUUUCUUACUGCUUUAAGGGUAAUUCAGACGCAUACCCCUUUCUCAUGGUACUAGAGUAGUAUCGGCUGACAAGACCUAACAAAGAUCGUCUGGGGUUGCUGUAUCUCUCGUACACAGAGAGCCAGCCUGCAUUUUGGAGCUGGCCGUUUGGGUAGGAUCAGCCAGUUUUGCAAAUUGCCUAGCUUCUCUUUGCUCACAAGAUGAGCUAAAACCAGCUUGACGUCUGAGCGGGGACCCACCAAAGGGCAAGCUACUUGAGAUGUUGUCCAUUCUCAGUAUUCUCUUUCACGUUAUUUUUUUGCUAAUUUUUUUCUGAUGCUGCAAAUACAGGUACCAAGCACCAUGACCUUUUCAAAUUACUGAAGUGAUGAUGGUGGUUGGAGUGACCCUUUUAUGUAUGUCAACAGCCAACAAUUCUAACUGCCAAAUUUACAUCAUGUAAUUCCACACCUAGCUGUCAUAAUGAUUAGGUGGGAUUUUUAUUAUUGCUUAUUGUUCACAUUUCGUUUAACAUUCACAAGACAGGUGUAUUAGAAGUUGUCAGCCUCCAAACCCAGGAAGCUCCAGCAGGUAAAGCAGAGUCUUGUAGUUGCUUUAGACUUGUUGGUUAAAGUCAUAUUAAAUAAUUUAAGUCUGCCAUAUAUCUUUGAAAGGCCGACCAUCGUGCUAGUAUGUAUUUCCUUCUGUCAACAUUUAUCGUUCGUUCUGUGUGUGUGUGUGUGUGUGUAUGUAUAUGUGUGAAUAUAUCAAUUGCCUUCCUACCAAUGCAUGUGACUUAAAAAUCUGUUUCUACUUUUACAGAUCACCGAAGAGUGUACAUAUUUAAAGACUUAUUUACUAAUACAAAAGAGACCCCCCCAACCCUUGAAAAGGGGUAAAGGGGGGUCACCAGGCUGGUAAAAAUGGUUUCGUUGAAUUGCAGUGAACCGUUGCCGGCUCCAGAUCUUCUAUCAAAUGCUGCUUCCCCCUGUGGACAGAAUCGGACUACACAGCAGUGGGGUGAGGUUAUACUUCCCACCCUUCUAAAGAAUGAUUACAACCUUUCUUCCUUAUCCAUGGAAGAUCAAGAAAAUAACACUACUACCUCUGGGAAGCAGGAGGAAAUGGCGAUGCCAGGAGAGGUGGAAGGAAUUGUUUUGUCCCAGCUAGUCAGGUCUGUGGAGGAUCCUAAGGAAAACACUCAGAUGGCACAAUUAAAAAUUCCUGAUUUUUGUGCCCAGUUUUCCCCAGACUUUUCUCCAACACUGGAGGAAAUUGAAGAGUUUUUGAAGGACAAUAUGGACCUUCUCCGAGAGGAACUUGGUGAGCGAACUCCUGUUAGUAGUGGGAAACUUCAGAGUUCCAAGUCAGACGAGCAGUUGUCACCAAUUUCUCUAACUCCACCAAGUGAGGAUGUUCCAGCACAUGUAACAUCAGAUGCUUCUGUGACUUCACCCUCUCCAGAGAGCAGUAUUCCAGUCAUCCUUCAGAUCCAGCCAGUGCCUGUACCUGGUGUCCCUUCCAUUCCCCAGAGUUCAACUGGUAGUAUGCGGGUGGCACAGCUUGUGAUUAGUGUACAGGGCCA